AAAAAGAAAAGAAAAAAGAAGGACAAGAAAACAAGAGAGACAGAGAGAACAUAGAGGAGCUCUCUCUCCAUCUCUUAGACACAGAAAACCCUAGUUUUUACCGUCUCUCUUCAAUCUCAUGCCUUUCCAUCCUUCUUAUAUCUCGUUUUAAUCUUUAAUCUUCUGAUGCACUGGAGGAUCCCUCUUCGUUCUUUCAAAUCAACCAAAAACCCUCAAAUCUAGGGUUUACUUUCCCUUUCUUCUUUGGUUCUUUUUUUUUUUUUUUGGUUGUUAAUCAUCAUCAUGCUGCUGUGAAAGCUUGAAACUUUAUCCAAUAGGGUAACGAAAAGGUUAGGUCUUUGAAAGUAAAAGAUAAAAAGAGAUGUACAAAGAUCGAGGAGGAGGUUCUUCGAGAUCGGAGAUGGAUCGGAAGCGCAUAAAUGAUGCGCUGGACAAGCAUCUAGAGAAGUCAUCUCCUUCAACUUCCCGUACCCUGAAUAGUAAGGACAAAGAAAGGUUGUCCGUACCAUCUACUUCUACCGGUAAAUCUCAGUUCGAUCAUCGCUCCGCCUCCAUCUCCAAGAACAAAUGCUCUGACGAGGAAUCAGAGACUGACAGUGAAGAAUCAGAUGUUAGUGGUUCUGAUGGGGACGACACAUCUUGGAUCUCAUGGUUUUGCAAUUUGCGAGGAAAUGAAUUUUUCUGUGAAGUUGAUGAUGAAUACAUCCAGGAUGAUUUUAAUCUUUGUGGCUUAAGCAGUCAAGUUCCGUAUUAUGAUUAUGCACUUGAUCUGAUUUUGGACGUUGAGUCCUCCCAUGGUGAUAUGUUCACUGAAGAACAGAAUGAGUUGGUGGAAUCUGCAGCUGAGAUGCUGUAUGGUCUAAUCCAUGUUCGGUACAUAUUGACUAGCAAGGGAAUGUCUGCAAUGUUAGAGAAGUACAAAAAUUAUGACUUCGGGAGAUGCCCAAGAGUAUACUGCUGUGGACAGCCUUGCCUUCCGGUUGGCCAAUCAGAUAUCCCUCGUUCUAGCACUGUUAAGAUCUACUGUCCAAAAUGUGAAGAUAUAUAUUAUCCACGCUCCAAGUAUCAAGGCAAUAUUGAUGGAGCGUAUUUUGGAACUACAUUUCCUCACCUUUUUCUGAUGACAUAUGGGCACCUGAAGCCACAAAAGGCAACACAGAACUAUGUCCCAAGAGUCUUCGGAUUCAAGAUCCACAAACCAUGACAUGGGAGUUGGAUAUGCAUACAGGUGAAUGAAGGUUUUUCCAUCAGCACGUUUUGUACUGAGCCUUGUUAUUUUGUCCGAAGUGUUAUCAACUAACAAGCCAGGUAAAAAGGUGCGGCAGUUCUGCAGAGUUACAAUUGAUUUGGUGAUUAAAAAUGUUUAAAAAUGCGAUAUGGGUUAGUAGUUGACCUAUCUUACAUUUUUUAUUUGUGAAUUUAACAGAGCGAUUGUAAGCUUAUUAUUAUUAUUAUUAUUUUUUUUUUUUUUCC